AUGGAGGCCUCGGAGUUGGAUCCGUGGAAUCUGCGCGUCGGUUCGUACGGAUGGAUGAAGUUGCGGCUGCGCCGCGCGGGGUUAUUUCUGCUAAACUACGCCGCGUUACUCUGCCUGAUAGACUGCAUCGUGCUACCAGCACUGAUAACACUCUUCCGUCUGCUUGACAUGUUCCAAAAUUUCCACGCCUACGAGAACGUUGUCCACGUGGUCGAGAUAGCGUGCGUCAUCCCCCUCGGGCUGCUGUCCGUGUUUGUCAACUAUCGCAAAAGCAAGAGGCGUCGUUACCUCGCGCAGGGCCUCUGCGGCAUUGUGUUGGUGGUGUGCGGCCACCAGCUCGUGGAGGGCUGGUACGACACAGCGCUGUCACUCACGGGUUGUGCUCUGCUGGUGUCCUCCAACCACUUCGCGUCUCGAGAGAGCGGGUGCCACAACUGUCAUCAUAGCCACCUCCCUGUAGUCGCCUAA